AGACCGAUGGCGGCGAAGUCGGUAUCCUUCGCGAUCCCGCCGGCUGCGCAGCCGGCGAUGGCCGCUGUGACUGUGCGACCGCUGAGGACGUAGUCCGAGUCAAAUACGGGACCACUGCUUGGCGAGAAGGAUGCAAGUGGUAGGCCGAGAGCGAGCACGAUGCCGGCGCUGCGUUCGCCACUGCCGUCAGGACGCGACCACCACGUAUGGUUCAACGACCCGAGGUUCGACGGGAGCUUCCCGAGUCAAAUGCUGCCGUUCUUGUACUUGGGCAACCUGUGCGUGUUUCCAUUCCGUUCACUCCUAGUGUGCAUGGUUGACGUUGGAAUGAUCAUUCAACAGGAAUCAUGCUACGAACGCAUACAUGAUUUAUACGCUCAGGAUCACGCACGUCGUGUCCGAGUCCGUUGGCGAGUGCACGUUGGCCGCCGAAACUGGAAGCCUCUGCCUCCGCGCCGUCGUGUCCGUAUACGGAUCCGUCGUCACAUGCGCAGUUCAUCCCUGAGAAUGGAAUGGUCCGCAUGGCCAAGGCUCGCUGUGGAUCGAAGAGCGCGAGGGGCGCAUCAAGGUGCGCGACUCAAGGGCGUAUGCGACGACGGCAUCGACACCCUCGAGGCCCAGCUCGGACCUAUCUGCGUGUCUGUCGGCAUUGAGCACGGGUGCGCGCAGACGUGCUCUAGCCAAGGCAGUAUACGUAGCUGUCGAAUUCGGCAGCGCACAUUGUCAAGCGAGUACGUAUUGGAAUCUGCGAAAUCAGGAGAGCCUUCUGGUUGCGCAACACAUUGAUCGUCAUUAUCGCGGGGUUGGUUUGCAUCCUGAUUGUCACAAUCAAACAUGCCUUCCGCCUGCCUAUUUCGAGUCGGACAUUCCAGCCUUCAUCAUAAUUCAGCCUUCAUAUUUCCCUUGUUGACGCGCAGGAGCCUCGCCGCGUCGUAUCUACAUACUCAGAAUGAUGAACACAAUCUUUCGGCACUGUUCCGGCGAAUUUAUCGGUCAACGAGCAUGGGCGUAGAGCUCCGAAGAGGCUUCCUAAAAGUACGCGCUGCUGUGUAUGCCACAAAUGACUAGUGACGACUGGUGACCAGGCUGUCACGUCUUAGUAGAGCG